GUCCAGUCUUGCAUAAUGAAGCACUCCGCUUCGUGUGCAAUUGAAAGAGCGGUGCGGUACUGAAUUGAGCUUGGAAAAUUGAUAGAAGAGGACGAGCUAUUACAGUGCUAGAGGCUGCACCUAGGGAGUAAUGUAGUCAAAUAGAGAUCUGUAGUUAGUCGUACGAUUCAGAAGUUUCGAAAGGCGCAGACCGAUGUUGCAGCAUUGAAUGACCCGUCCAAAUACAAGCAUCGUGAAGUAACGGGUGCAGUACAGAGCUGUAGGAGUACACGAGAAGAGCGCCAAAGCGAUGAGGGUCUAAGCUACAAUAGAUUUAUAUUGCUAAAAUGAGGUUUGAUUGAUUAUGUUAAAAGUGUACUUUCGUGUAAAUUGACUAGACAGAUGCGCUAACGUUAAAAAAAUUCUGGCCACGAGCUCUCGAUAGAUGAUUACGCUCGAUGAAUGUUUGAACCGCAUAGUGCGCAGCGAGAGAUAGGUGCGCGUUGUUGCGUAAUCGUAUACAAAUUAUGCGAUUUAGCGUCGGAUCGGGCAAGACAAGUACACUGAUGGAUACAGAACAAGAGUCUUUAAAACAUCUCGUGAACGGACAAAUGGUAAAUGGUAUUGCUGGAACGAUGCCACAGGCGUUACAGCAUUUCUUAACAUUCGAGCUUGUGAACUUAUUUUUAUUGACAACUCAUCAUUCAAAUUACCGGAAGAAAACGUAAGGGAUGUGUCAAGAAAUUCAGCAAAUCUGUUGUUAGCUUGUUGCCAUUACGAAAUACAAUCGCACGUACUAAAGUCCGUGCAUUCCAAUGGUAAAUUACACCACAACUAUUUGUCUAUUCCUGCUUUAGCGUCCGGGCGUGUAGGACCUACAAGCAUGAGAGGAUUUGCUGCGGUACGUAUGAUCACUGUUACUUUGACGAUUAUUUUCGAGGUGCUGUCACAUGGAACACCUAUUGAAGCCGCAAAUCUUGAUACAAAACAAAAGACAAAACCCCGCAAAAGAUUUCUACGACAGCCGAUCAGGUAAAUGAAGAGCGAAGUCUUACUGAUCCAGGGACGUUAGCAAGGCUGAGUGAUCGUGCGGAUAACUCCGGCA